ACCAGCAAAUGUUUGACACGUUCGAGUUGUGUCAUAAAUCGGUAAUGCAGUCGUCGAGAUGAAAUCAGUAUACGUCUUGGGUGAUGCAAUGGCUGGUUACUUAUAUUCCACGCUCGUUUUCCUAUUGUGUGUUUCUAAAAUAUCUUCAACAAAUGGAUUUUCCUUGAACAAACAGCAGCAACAAUUAACUGGCAAUCAUAAUGAAAUUAUUUCACUUUUGGAGAAUAAAAUAUUGCAACUGGAAAACAGAGACAAACGAUUAGAGGCUCUGGAGUUAAAGGUUCAACAACACGCUGAAAUUCGAGAAGCUUUGACAUCCAAAGUUAUUGAACUGGAGGCCAAAGUACAGCAACAACAACAGCUGCUAGAAGUGCUACAAAACGCAAAACCACGAUCAAAUUGUCAAUCAGUCGUCAAUGGCGAUAACGAUAAUAAAUCAAGGGCAGUCAGCACAAUGCCAACCUCUUGUGCUGAUCUACAGGUUAUGGGAUACGAUCUAAAUGGAUUCUACUCUGUCAUGGGCGUUGGGAAGAUGAACAGCGUCUACUGCGAUUUUACGAAACAACCUAGCGAAUCAGGUUUCCAGCAACUGAUUGGGUUUACAGAAACCAAAUCAGUGUCAACGGCUUUUUAUGUGCAAAGAAGCUCAUCUUUCACGCAGAUAAACACUCCCAUUCCUUUUCAAGUUGAAAGGCUCAAUGUGGGUGGAGCCAUGAACUUGACGUCGGGAAUUUUCACGGCUCCGGUAACCGGAAAUUACUUUUUCUCCCUAUCAGGAACGGCUUACAUUUCAGCAUCAACAAGCAGACUCGUCUUUACCAUAAGCCUUUACAUGAAUGACAAUCCUAUCGCGUAUGGCUAUGCUGAUGAAAUGAGUACUGAUUACCAAUAUGAGACAUUUUCCCUUCAGUCAACGCUCCAUAUGAUGAAGGGUGACCAGGUUUGGUCACAGAUAUCUUCCAUCGGAACAGGAGUGUAUCUCUAUGGCGGGUUAUUUACUCAUUUUAAUGGUUGGUUACUGCAAGAAGACAUAUUCCUAUCAACAAAUGCCAGGUAAAAAUAAAUUAAUCACUGAGCAAUUUUUAGUAAAGUAUCUGUGAUGUUACACUAUUUUUCCAAAUAAAUAUCUAAAAAUAUCUAAGCUAGCCACAGCACAAUUUAGCACCGUUGCUUCUUGACUAUUAAAACUGUGUAAAGAAAUUC